AAAUGGCAGGAGGAAACUGUAAGGGACGGCAUGAUGGUAUCUUGAGGUUGAGGUAGUAUAAAGGGACAGUGUUUCCAGAUUACUGAAAACAACUAAGUUUGUAGCAGAGAGAAAGAAGCAGUGAAAAGGGAAAGAUUGAAAAUAUUUUUAUUUUUUUUCUUUUCCUUUCAAAAUUGUCUGCAACCUUUAUGGCUUCCAGGGCCCACUCGGACUAUGUAGUAUGAUUUCAGCUCAAAUAAUUGCUAUUGGACUACAAGUCUGGACCUUAUCUUUGCAAAUCUAGUGGGAAAUUUUACCCAGUGGAUAUUGAGUUACAGAUUAUAAUGAAUCUACAGCUUUCAUUUAUCUUGAUCUUCUUGAUAUAAAUUUUGCUAUUCUAAUUUUAAGACAAGCCACUCAGUAUACAUAUACAAAAAUGCAUGAUACCCUCUUUACUAACAUGACCUUGCUUUUAAAAUGGAAAAAAAUUGGGUGUAAUAAAUGCACAUUAUUUUAGCUACUUUGGCUAUAUAAAUGUUGCCAGCUUGUUUGUACUAAUGUAUAACCAACCGUGCUUGAAACAGGUAUUUGAACAUCCAGAAUCAUGCAGUAUAUCGGUUUGUGUAUUUCUGAUAACGCUGUUAAAUUCUUUGAGAAUGUGUGCGAGGGGGGUGCUGUUUAUUUGUGUAUGUUUUCCGUUGAAAAUGUUGCAGUACGUGGUCUAUCACUGUCUUCACGCUCUGGGGGUGGGCUGAGGUAGGGAGGGUGUGACGCUGGUAUUUGUGUGAACUCGGGCUUGUGAUGCUGAGCUUGGUUCAUCUGCUUUCUCCUCCCUUUUCCUCCCCACUCCUUCCCACCAGCGCCACAGCAACAUCCUCAGAGUCUGAGCGAACUGCGCCCAGCGCGGGCACGGAGCCUCCCACCGCCAGCAACCUGCGGCCCCGGAGAAGGCAGCGAGCGCAGUGACAGCGCCUCACCGCCACCAGCUCCUGGACCACCAUGGCCAAGAACCGCAGGGACAGAAACAGUUGGGGUGGAUUUUCGGAAAAGACAUAUGAAUGGAGCUCAGAAGAGGAGGAGCCAGUGAAAAAGGCAGGACCAGUCCAAGUCCUCAUUGUCAAAGAUGACCAUUCCUUUGAGUUAGAUGAAACUGCAUUAAAUCGGAUCCUUCUCUCGGAGGCUGUCAGAGACAAGGAGGUUGUUGCUGUAUCUGUUGCUGGAGCAUUUAGAAAAGGAAAAUCAUUCCUGAUGGACUUCAUGUUGAGAUACAUGUACAACCAGGAAUCAGUUGAUUGGGUUGGAGAUUACAAUGAACCAUUGACUGGUUUUUCAUGGAGAGGUGGAUCUGAACGAGAGACCACAGGAAUUCAGAUAUGGAGUGAAAUCUUCCUUAUCAAUAAACCUGAUGGUAAAAAGGUUGCAGUGUUAUUGAUGGAUACUCAGGGAACCUUUGAUAGUCAGUCAACUUUGAGAGAUUCAGCCACAGUAUUUGCCCUUAGCACAAUGAUCAGCUCAAUACAGGUAUAUAACUUAUCCCAAAAUGUCCAGGAGGAUGAUCUUCAGCACCUCCAGCUUUUCACUGAGUAUGGCAGACUGGCAAUGGAGGAAACAUUCCUGAAGCCAUUUCAGAGUCUGAUAUUUCUUGUUCGAGACUGGAGUUUCCCAUACGAAUUUUCAUAUGGAGCCGAUGGUGGUGCCAAAUUCUUGGAAAAACGCCUCAAGGUCUCAGGGAACCAGCAUGAAGAACUACAGAAUGUCAGAAAACACAUCCAUUCCUGUUUCACCAACAUUUCCUGUUUUCUGCUACCUCAUCCUGGCUUAAAAGUAGCUACCAAUCCAAACUUUGAUGGAAAAUUGAAAGAAAUAGAUGAUGAAUUCAUCAAAAACUUGAAAAUACUGAUUCCUUGGCUACUUAGUCCCGAGAGCCUAGAUAUUAAAGAGAUCAAUGGGAAUAAAAUCACCUGCCGGGGUCUGGUGGAGUACUUCAAGGCUUAUAUAAAGAUCUAUCAAGGUGAAGAAUUACCGCAUCCCAAAUCCAUGUUACAGGCCACAGCAGAAGCUAACAAUUUAGCAGCCGUGGCAACUGCCAAGGACACAUACAAUAAAAAAAUGGAAGAGAUUUGUGGUGGUGACAAACCAUUUCUGGCCCCAAAUGACUUGCAGACCAAACACCUGCAACUUAAGGAAGAAUCUGUGAAGCUAUUCCGAGGGGUGAAGAAGAUGGGUGGGGAAGAAUUUAGCCGGCGUUACCUGCAGCAGUUGGAGAGUGAAAUAGAUGAACUUUACAUCCAAUAUAUCAAGCACAAUGAUAGCAAAAAUAUCUUCCAUGCAGCUCGUACCCCAGCCACACUGUUUGUAGUCAUCUUUAUCACAUAUGUGAUUGCUGGUGUGACUGGAUUCAUUGGUUUGGACAUCAUAGCUAGCCUAUGCAAUAUGAUAAUGGGACUGACGCUUAUCACCCUGUGCACCUGGGCAUAUAUCCGGUACUCUGGAGAAUACCGAGAGCUGGGAGCUGUAAUAGACCAGGUGGCUGCAGCUCUGUGGGACCAGGGAAGUACAAAUGAGGCUUUGUACAAGCUUUACAGUGCAGCAGCAACCCACAGACAUCUGUAUCAUCAAGCUUUCCCUACACCAAAGUCGGAAUCUACUGAACAAUCAGAAAAGAAAAAAAUGUAAUCCAAAUUUUAAGAAAUACAGGUGCAUGACCAAUUGUCAAUUAAAUAUUCAGUUUUGUGUCUCCAUGCAAACAUUCAAAGUGCUUCCAUCAGAACAGAGUAAAAUACUAAACACCUCUGAAGACUGCAAACUGGAUUAGUUCUUUUACUUCAGUGUUUAAUAAGCAGAUGUAUGUAUGCAUGGUUAUACUAUUUUGUUAACAUGUACAAUUUCCUGAUUUUUCUUCAAAAAUGCUGUUAUAAAGUAUUUGUCUAUUUAUGAUAACAGUACACGUGUUCUGCUUGAAUUUACUAAAUUCUACUACUGGGUUAUAAUUAAAUCAUGUGAUAUUCCACGUUUGGAUAUGCUCAUUUAAUUUCUACAGAAAAAAUUUUAAAUUAUUUCACAUAGCCAUUUGUUAAAACAUAGCAUCAUAACUCAGCAGGCUUGAUUUAAUCUGUAUCAUCUUAUAUAUAUCACAAUCUUAUUUUUAAGCACAUUUAAGAGUUCUUCAGUUGCUUUAUCAAAAACUAUAUAUUGCUUUUACAUGGUUUAAUAGAAUAUAAACCUCUUGAUAAAAAAUGCACAAAAAAUCACUUUGUAUAUGUGAGUUUCACUGCAUUGUAUAUUUUUUCAUUUGGUACACAAAGAAUGUAUUCUUCAUAGGUUUAUUCUUUUAAUAUGUGAACUAUUAUUAAAGUUUACUCUGGUUCCUAAGAUUAAAAACAAAUGCUUACUGAAUUUGAAAAUGAGAGGUGCUGAUAUAGAAUGAUGAAGGUUUAUCUCUUUUUUUAGACUCAAGAUGCAUUUUAUUUAAUGUUGACAUCAGUACAAACUUAAGUUUCUAUUUUACAAAACAUGCUAAUUCCUUUAGGUAACUUCUAGUUCUUAAUGACUAAAAUCUCUAGUGGAGUUUCACUGAACAGACUUCUUAGAGGAAGAAGGAAAGUGUGUUAAUGAAAAAAUAAUACUUAUCUAGGAGGUCCAAAACAGAGUAACUUCUAAAGACUGUCACAGAAAUGGCUACACCAUAAUUAAGUAGUGAUAUAAAGUAAGAAGUGACAGGAAAGAACAAUUAAGAUACAGGAGUGUGGGAGUUCAUAAGAUAUAUAAACUUACAUCUUAGAAAAGUCUGAUCACAAGUUCAGCAAAUUAUCUUUUCCUGGUGAUAAAAUUCCACCAGCCAUACUUUCAUUUUUCAAUACCCGUUUUCAUUACCCCUUUCAAUUAUAUUGAUUCCUUUGUCUAUGGCCUUUUGAACAGAAAAAUGAAAUACAGCACUAUGUCUAAAACAUGGACUCAAAAACCACACGCUUAGUUUCCACAAAAAUAUAUUUAAUAAGCUUGUUAUAUAAAAUCAAACACUUAACAUUGUCAACAUUUCUUCAGUUAUUCAAACUCACUGAUAUCUAACUGGGAGUAGUUUGUAUUUUGGAAGACUUCCUAAGCUAAAAGUAUAUUUACAUAUUUACAACACAUGUAAAUAUAACUGAAGAACUACUUCAAAUAAUGAUGAAAUUCACAGAAUUCUAGAGAUUUAUAGUUAUAGUUUAGAAGUAUCACCAAUUUGUUUGCAAUCAAAUGUACAGCACUAAUUAUGAAAAAUGUUUUAACUAUUAAACCAAAAGGGGAGAAAAACUGGGAGGGAAAUGUAUGGUGUUAAAGUCCUGUGAUAAAUACUUAGAAGAUUAAAAAGUAAUAAUAUACAAUCGA